CUACCGAACCCGAGACCAACUCACUUUCAAAUGGAGCCACAUCAACAAAAAAGUCCGAAAGUUUAUGGGAGUUUACGAGGGAUGCUCCCGGUCCCGGAGGAGCGGCACGAACGACGCCGAUGUUCUCCGGCUUGCCACGACCCGAUAUCAAGACGACGGGAACCAAAGCAAGGUGCCCAUCGAUCUUUGGAGGAUUUUGAAUCGUUCCUCGAAGUGGCAAGAACUCAACAAUCCCGACGGCGGAUCAUUCUGGAAAAGAUCAACCGUCGACGCCGAGGUUGAGGUCGACGAGACUAUCGGUUCUAGCGAUCAAAUCCCUCCCUUCAACGUUGCGGAUUCCGAUGACGAGGGCCCCAUUCCACGGCCGAUCGGAAGAAAGAAGGCAAAAUCCAUUGCCUCGGGUUCGGGAGGGUCCUCCUCUGUUUCCGCUUCUCCCCGCGACGAAAUCGGCCGGGCAAUGAUUGAACAACUUCGGGCGUUCAAUCUCCAAGAACAAGAGAGGUUGAAGCUAAAGGAGAAGGAGUUGAAGCUAAAGGAGCAGGAGGCUGAGAUGAAAGUCAUGCAAACCGACCCCGGGACGUUGUCGGAGUUUGGACGAAUGAUCUAUGAGCAAAGAAUGAGAGAGAUCAAAGAGAAAUAUAAUUUACCUUAGUUUUUUUAAUUAAUAACCUGUUUAUAGGUCUUUGGUCGGCGUGGUUGUGGUCUCUGAUCGGCGGCGUGGCCGGAGAAGUCGAUUGCCGGCAUCGAUUUCCUCCUGUAAUCUCUUCCCUCUCUUCAGGCGUUUUUUUUAAUUAAAGGAAUUUAGUAGUA